ACAAAACCCUAUCACAUUGGACCAACCUUCAUAUGAGUGCACCCAUUUUCUACUUAGCGCCGUCAGCGACCAUCAUAAAACCCUAAGAACUUUCAUCUUCUUCCUUAUCUUGCGACGGUGGUAGCUGCAAGGGUAGAAUUGAAGAGGUGGACUGAUUGUGAAAAUGGUGGAGAAGGCAAAAGGAAGAAAGGAGGAAGUGGUUACCAGGGAGUACACAAUAAACCUCCACAAGAGACUGCAUGGAUGUACCUUCAAGAAGAAGGCUCCUAAGGCCAUCAAGGAGAUAAAAAAGUUUGCACAAAAAGCUAUGGGGACAAAUGACGUGAGGGUAGACGUCAAGUUGAACAAACAUAUUUGGAGCAGAGGGAUCCGAAGUGUGCCUAGGAGGAUUCGGGUUCGGAUUGCUCGAAGAAGAAAUGAUGACGAAGAUUCCAAGGAAGAGCUGUACUCUCUUGUCACAGUUACAGAGAUUCCACCAGAAGGGUUGAAGGGUCUAGGGACCAAGGUUAUUGAAGAAGAUGAGUGAUCUGUCCGACUGAUAAAAUGAUCCUCUACUUCAUAGCCAAGAAAAGCCAAGAAACAAGUUUAAAUUAGAGUUUUAGUGAGUGUGAGUUCUAUGAAAAACCUUAAUUAAUUUACCACAUUUUUGCUUUUUCAUUAUGGUUGUAGCAAAUGCAGUGUUUUUUCGGCUUCUACCCUGUCAUGACUUAUUUUGACAACGAUGAAUGGCUUAAACUUGUUUGGCAAAUUCUGUUUAA